CUCCGCCCCUCGUCGGGGCACAAGGGUUCACCUGAUUGAGCAAAUGCAACUCCAGUUGUUUGAGCCAACGUUAUGCAGUUGCAGGGGAACUGUCUCAACAGGUCAGACCUAUGUCACAAAACAUGGCCCACUGGGCGUGAGAAAACACCUCACUGCACAGCUAUUUAAUUUGCUAAUUAAACUACAAGUUAGUCGUGCUUUUGGCAAUCAGCUCAGCAUUGAAUUGACACCCAAGAAGAGAAUCGGCAAGUGA